AUGGAGUACCACUGCCUUACCGCUGAGGAGAAGGAACAGCUUAUAAUUGACUUUGAUAAAGUCAAGAAGAGCUCUCAGGAUCAUCCUCCAAAUAUCACCGCUAAAUCAUGUGCUGCUGAAUGUUCCCGGAGUUUCCAGUUCGUGAGAGAAGAGCUCAAAGCUCUCAAGGAAUGUGUUAGCGCUAAAGCCUUCAUCAUUAUGAUUCGUGGUGUUUCCGACUUCACCAUGGUGCCGAAGGAGUUCUUCACAAGCCCCAUGGCUGAACACUUUGUUCGUCUAUAUCUACAUAAGGACAUCGUGCAAAUGGCAACCAACUUCGAGAGCACUAUACUGGCCAAUGGCCUCAUUAUGAACACAGGUGCUAAUCAUCAACAGUGUGUUGCUAAUGUGAAGACUGCCAUUCAAAAUGGUCUUUGUACAUCACUUUGUGAAGUGAUGAAUAAUCCAGCGGCAUGCUACCACAUUAAGCUCAUAGGGUGGAACCACCCCUACUGGGCCAAUCCCUCUGACCUGAAAGAUAGUAUCGAGAGCCUCGAGAACGUGGUCCUUGCAAUUCAGGCCAAUACCUGUAAGUUUGUAACAAUAACACCACAGGAAGCCAAAGAGCGGAUGCAUCAUAUCAAGGAUGGAGAGACUCUCACUCCUGAUCUUGAGCCCUCUCUCACUCCUGACCUGGAGCCCUCGAUGCCACCCAACUUGCCCGCUCCCAAUUCGACACAGCCGGCCAACAUUUGUGUGGCUUUGUCAGAGCCUUAUGUGUGCCCCUCCUCAUUCACAGAUGAAAUGGUGGAUCCUGCUCUUUGUGUGCUUGAUCACGCUGCUUCUGACAAUGGACCUCCCAUGGUACAGUUUCCUCCCACUUUACCCAUGCCUACUCCUCUUCCAAUAGCUGGUGAAGCACAUGUUCUUGUCGCAGCGACCAACCAUGGUAAGAGGGCCACAGAUGUGUCUACCGGCACUUCGCGUUCGAAACGUGCUCGGAAACUCAUGGAGAAAGGCCAAUCUGAACUGGAGUCAAGGACCCAUGCACGGUGUGGGCCAACAAAGAAGGGGACUCAGCGUUCAAAAAAGAGUAAUACGCAUGUUGAAUCUGACCACGAAAACAUGUAG